UCUUUUCUUCUUUCUUUUUGGGUUUCUUCAUAUUAGAUUUAUCUUUUUUGGGUUUUGGUUUGCUUCUUAUUUAACCCUACCCCUUCUCUCUCCCCCAUUCCUCUCAGCCUCCUUCCUUCCUUCCUCUCUUUCUUUUCCCUUUCCACCUGCGCAGCUUGUUCUUUCCAUUCUUUUGCGUUCCUCGGGAUCUGAUCUUUCACUUCUUUGCUCUUUUGGGACGAAUAUUUAGAUACAGUCCUUGCUUGCUAGUUCCUCACAAGAGUUUCUUUCUGGUUUAGGGUUCAAGCUAAGUCCCGAGGAACAAUAUAUAGCGAGCUGCUACCUUUUUUCUUCUUCAUCCAUCAGGCUUAUCGAUCGUCUUGUUUGGAACCAGAUCUAGAAUAAGGAAGGUGGUGUUUUCCUGGCUUGCUUUAGGGCGAUCCAAGCUUCUCGACGUACGUACGUACCAAAAUAUCAUCUAAGGUUGGCUAUUUCUAUACCUUCUCACUAUCUUCAACUUCUUCUUCGCUUAUUAAAGGUGAUGACCAUCGCCAUGUUUAUUCUAAUUCAUAUAUAUGUGGAGUUAGCUAGAUCACAGAGUUCACGACUUACUUUCUGGAUAGUCAUUCAUGUCAAUCUCUUAGUUUCUUCUCUUUCCUUUUCUUUACUUCUCAUCUGUCCUUAGUUAGUUUAGUUUGGAAGUAACAGGCAAGACACGUAGACACAUAUAUAUAUAUAACCUUAUUUUCUUGUCUUAAGUAAAUAUGGAAGAUGAUUGUUUGUCCAUAUGGAUAUGUUCAUGCAGCCAAUAUUCUCUUAGUUGUGAGUUCGCAAUUUUCUUUGGUUUGCUUUGAAAUGCAUUUAUUUCAUAUAAACUGAUAAACCACUUUCAUUUCUACCUCAUUUCUUUUCGCAAUCGCAUUCCUUCUUUACCUUUAGCUAGUACGUACAACAGUUGGAAGUGUUUAUGCUUAGGCCAUACUCUUCAUAUGGUCCAGUCCAGGUUCGGUUUCAUACAUGUUUGUUUGUCUGUUUGUUUUACUUUUAAUUUUUUUUUUUGUUUGUAAAUUGUAAUGAACAUGUCUGGUAGUUAAGUGUGGCAUGAUGAAUACCUCCAGUUAGUGCGUUUUUCUCAGAUGGAUAAAGCCUUCUAAUAGUUUCUUUCUUUUACGGAAGACAAUUAUGUAAGCCUAGUGAUAAGAAAAACUAAUUGGUCUCCACUCUCUAGCUAGCUAGUUCUACCAUGAAUGCAACAAUAUAUAUAUAUAAUUAAGAAUAUUUAUGGUAUUGAUUAUGUAUUGAUGAAAACACUAUGAUAUAAUUAUAAAUUUAUUUGAGAAUUUUAGCUUUUGAGAGUUUUGGCAGGGGUGUCCACCACGCUUGCGCUGGCUAUUUCGAUGCCCUUCUCUUUGUUUUUGUUCUAAUUUUGUUUUAUUUGUUCUUCUUCUCCUUGUCUCGGGUGUGCAGGGGUUUUUCGGUUUACCUAGCACCUUUUUUUCCUGUCUUUCUGGUCAGCACUCCUUGUGCUACUGUUUUUCUUUCUUCUCUUUGUACUGACUUUCUUUCGUUUUAUUUCAAUUCAACCAUCACCAUUAUAAAAAAUAAUUAUAAACUUAUAAUGUGACUAACAGUAUGGAUGAAUGAUUGUGAAAAACAAACAUACUGUACUUUCUCGAGUUUGAUAUGAAAGGAAAUUCAUGUGAUGAGUUUGUUCAUAUAUAUAUAAUGCUUGCUAUUGUAAUUAGAAGUUCAGCUAAUGAAAAAUAUCCAAAUGUCAAAAGCUAUAUAUGUUCUUCUUUAGAGGCAGCCAAUGAAUGUCGGAAAAUUCUAAUUCAUUAGACUAUCUAUUGCGUGAUUAUUUUGAGAUGAGCCUCUACUAUUAGUGAAUUACGUUAUGUCUUUUCAAACACGAUAUUGAUUCCAAAAAAUUUAAAAACUGCUAUGAACCUAAUAUCGUUCUUAAAAUAUUGCUACAGUACCGAUCACUAAACAAAUUAUGUUAUGAUCGCACGUCAUUACGGUUAUGUUUGCUAAUCCAUGUAUUUAGUGAAAUUAUAGAUGCUUUUAUGUUGGCACACACACAAUUAUUUUGUAGAACCACUACCACACUUGAUUAUUUUCCUUUCAUAUUAGGUGUGCGCAAUCCCUACAAACAUGGAGCAUGCAAUUAAUUCGUUAACACCAUCUUUGUGUUGUAUGUCAAUUUGUGAAACCUCAUAGACAUGCUUCUUCUUCUCUAAUCUUCUCGUUAGUCUCUUGAUAAUCAUCCAAUAAUUCCUCUAAUGUACAUAUUCUUCAACAUUUGUGAGAUCUCAUAUGCUCCUUCUUUGAUUAGCUUUGUGUGCAGAGGGACAGUUGCGGGCUUUGAAAUGAAUACCUUUUCACAUGUUCCCCCGGGCUUUAGGUUCCACCCAACAGAUGAAGAACUUGUUGAUUAUUAUCUGAGGAAAAAAAUCGCUUCCAAACGAAUUGAUCUGGAUGUCAUCAAAGAUGUUGAUCUUUACAGGAUUGAGCCAUGGGAUCUCCAAGAGUUGUGCAAGAUCGGGACUGAAGAACAAAAUGAGUGGUACUUCUUUAGCCACAAGGAUAAGAAGUAUCCAACUGGAACUCGGACCAACCGAGCUACAAAAGCUGGGUUCUGGAAAGCCACAGGUAGAGACAAGGCUAUAUAUUGUCGACAUAGCUUGGUUGGAAUGCGAAAGACUUUGGUCUUCUACAAAGGAAGAGCUCCUAAUGGGCAGAAAUCAGAUUGGAUCAUGCAUGAGUAUCGACUCGAGACAAAUGAGAAUGGAGCUCCUCAGGCAAAAGGAUGGGUCGUUUGCAGGGUGUUUAAGAAGCGACUACCCACAAUUAGGCGAAUAGGAGAGUAUGAAUCACCAUGUUGGUAUGAUGAUCAAGUUUCUUUCAUGCAAGAGCUUGAUUCUCCUCGACAGAUUCCUCAUCACCAACAUCAACAACCUUAUCUAUCACCAUCAUCCUCUUAUCUUCAUCACCAGCAUCAGCGUUACUUGCACUGCAAGCAAGAGGUGGAUCAGUUGCAAUACAACAUGUCUCAAAGCCAUCAUCAACACCACCACAACCUCGAGUCUUUCCUCCAGCUUCCCCAACUCGAAAGCCCUAAACUACCAAGCAAUGCAAACUGCAACAACUCAUCUUCAUCUAUGGUUCCCAACUACUCCUAUGAAAAGACUGUACUCCUGCAAGAGGAACUACUCACCCAACAAAGUCAUCAACAACAUCAUCAUCACUUGAGUUCUGUUUACAAUAGCAACGCGACAGAUGAUCAAGAGCAAGCGGUGGCAACUGAUUGGAGAGUUCUUGACAAGUUUGUUGCAUCUCAGUUGAGCCAUGAAGUUGCUAGUGCUUCCAAGGAAGCUAAUAACAACAACAACAACUACCCAAACACCCCAUCAUCUUCAUCCUCCUUUCAAGUGGCUGAUGAGCAACAUAUGAAUGUUGCUACCAAUGAUGACUCCAAGAGGUCAGAAAUGUUGCAUGAGUUUGCUACCAAUGAUGACUCCAAGAGGUCAGAAAUGUUGCAUGAGUAUGCCUCAACCUUGACCUCUGACAGCCAGAUUGAUCUUUGGAAGUGAUCAUGUACUACAUAAGCACAUAUAAAGCAUAUACAUUACCAGAAGACUGGACCAGAUGGAUGCAUACUAAUAUAACUACAGACUAUUAGGCGUAUAGCAACCCAUAGUAAGCGUGCAUAUAUGGCUACUUAUAUGAUUUGGACAUAUAGAGUGUGCCAUUUGGUAUUUGAUUCAUUAAUGUUAUGAACUAAAGUAUAUAUAUACACUUGUGUAGCUACUUGGUAAGGACUAAGAAGGGGCCAAAACCACUAAUCUUAUAAUAAGGUAGUAUAUUUUACUAUUGGCCGGUGUGAGUUUUUUUUUUUUAAUCAAGAAGAGACAUACUAUAUAUGUAUUUACUAUUGGUGUACCGAUGUUGGAUCACCUUAUGUGUAAUUUUUUCCCUUCAAGUUUUGAAUGAAGGCUCAUAUAUAUAAUUACUGGCCCAGCCACUUAUUUCUAUCACUAAUCAUAUUCUUGUAGGCAUAAUUUUAUAAUUAUCGAUCUCAUUGUCACUAAACUAUAGUAAGGUGACUGAUUGUUGAUAUCAUGGAAUUCUAUGGACCAUAUACAUGAUGGACCAGCAUGCAUGCCUAUGACACAGAGACGUAAUAAGACCGUCCACAACAUUUCAAACUGAAUUCACGAAAAAAACAAACAAGGAAAAGAAAGAAAGUUCCCUUUCCUUGUCAUAUGUAGCUUUGUUUCUCUUCUAAGUUAAUAUACGUACUUGCUUCACUAAUACCCUAAACAAUGUAUGAAGUAAUGAAGAUAAAGCCGUCUG